UCCGUGCGCGCGAGCGGCCGGGACCCGGAAGUGGAGGAUGGUGGAGGUGCUGCGAGUUGCCCGGUGCAGCCAGGAAGGAGGCCAGCGAGUAAUGCUAUUGUUGACGUCAGGUUGGGAUGCAUCCACUUAAACACCCAAAGAAAGAGCGUCUACAUAAGAUGGCUUCUUUCUGCUUUCUUUGCAAGAAAUUAUCAAGACGUAACAUCUGCAUUACACAAAUGGAAAAUUUUGCUCAGAGGUCAUUAUGUUUCAAGGUUCCUAUUUGUACUACUGGCUCUGGGAGAAAUGCUUGUGCCUUAUGAAUCUAUGACAUCAGGCUGACCAUAGAAGCCCUAGCUGUUUGUGUAUGCUCCUUGUCCUGAUCAGGUUCCCUGUCUCGAAAUGGGUAGGAUCAGCAUCUCGUGCCUGUUUCCUGCUUCCUGGCACUUUAGUCUUUCCCCAGUUGGGUGUCCUCGGAUACUGAACACCACGCUACGACAGAUUACAGUCAUUGGGCUCCUGGCUGCUGCCUUUUUCUUGCUGUACUAUUCUGUUUUAAAAUAUAGUGGUCACCGGGACAAAAAGAUGCACAGGUAUCUUGCACGAGUAACAGACACAGAAGCGACGGAUACCAGCAACCCCAAGCUGAACUAUGGCAUCAUGGUCGACUGUGGGAGCAGUGGGUCUAGGAUAUUUGUGUAUUGGUGGCCCAGACACAACGGCAAUCCACAUGAUUUACUGGACAUCAAACAAAUGAGGGACAAAAACAGACAACCAGUGGUUAUGAAAAUUAAACCAGGCAUUUCAGAAUUUGCUACCUCUCCUGAGAAAGUCAGUGACUAUAUUUUCCCACUUUUGAGCUUUGCUGCAGAACACGUGCCUCGUGCAAAACAUAAAGAAACACCUCUCUAUAUUCUCUGCACAGCAGGAAUGAGAAUCCUGCCGGAGAGCCAGCAAAAAGCAAUCCUCGAAGACCUCCUUACUGAUAUCCCGGUGCAUUUUGAUUUUCUCUUUUCGGACUCACAUGCAGAAGUUAUUUCUGGAAAACAGGAAGGAGUAUAUGCAUGGAUCGGCAUCAACUUUGUUCUUGGGAGAUUUGAGCAUACUGACGAUGACGACGAUGCGCUGGUGGAGGUGCAUAUUCCUGGCAGCGAGAACAAGGAAGCCGUUGUGCGAAAGAGGACUGUGGGUAUACUUGACAUGGGUGGUGUGUCAACUCAAAUAGCCUAUGAAGUCCCCAAAACUGUAAGCUUUGCCUCUUCACAGCAGGAAGAAGUGGCGAAAAACCUCCUGGCUGAGUUUAAUUUGGGAUGUGAUGCCCACCAAACUGAACAUGUGUACCGAGUCUAUGUGGCCACCUUUCUCGGCUUUGGAGGAAAUGCUGCCCGGCAGAGAUACGCAGACAGCAUAUUUACCAACACAGUGUUUAGAAACAGGCUCUUUGGCAAACAGGCCGGCAUGACUUCGGACACCCCCUAUUUGGACCCUUGCCUGCCCCUAGACGUUGAGGAUGAAAUCCAGCAGAAUGGGCAGACAAUGUACCUCCGGGGGACGGGAGACUUCCAUCUCUGCCAGGAUGUUAUUCAGCCGUUCAUGAACAAGACAAAUGAGACACAUACUUCCUUGAACGGCAUCUAUCAGCCCCCGGUGCACUUUGAGAACAGCGAGUUCUAUGGGUUUUCUGAAUUCUAUUACUGUACUGAGGAUGUGUUGAGGAUGGGAGGAGACUACAAUGCUACGAAAUUCACUAAAGCUGCACAGGAUUACUGUGCAACAAAGUGGUCAGUUUUGAGGGAACGGUUUGAUCGUGGUCUUUACGCAUCACAUGCAGAUCUUCAUCGCUUGAAGUAUCAGUGCUUUAAGUCGGCCUGGAUGUAUGAGGUGUUUCACAACGGCUUCUCUUUCCCCAUAAAUUACGGAAACUUGAAAACCGCAUUGCAGGUCUAUGAUAAAGAGGUGCAGUGGACGCUGGGGGCCAUCCUCUACCGGACACGAUUUUUGCCUUUGAGAGAUAUCCAGCAAGAGAACUUCCGGGGCAGUCACUCCCACUGGCGCAGCUUCUCCUUUGUUUACAACCAUUACCUUUUCUUUGCCUGCUUCUUCGUUGUGCUGCUCUCCAUCCUGCUCUACCUGCUGCGCUUGCGGCGGAUUCACCGACGAAUGUUGCACAGUGGCUCCUCUCCCUCCCUCUGGAUCGAGGAAGGCCUCCCGUCACAGAAGAUCCCAGGGGUCUUAUAAGGGGCUGAGCACGAAGCCUAAGACUUGCUCAAGAAAAGCCAUUGUUUUGCCUCAGGGUUCUUCUCGCACCCCUAAAAAACCGCUGUCUGAAUGGCGUCUGGCUGUCAAUCAGGAAUCAAAAGGAGAAACGUCCGCUCCGGAGGACCGAGUUCAAAAAGCAGGGUCAAACGUGGAUUGAGGGAAACAUCAGCCAAUAUUAUUUUAUCAUUGUUAUCACAAAAGUACAUGCACUUUGAGAAAGGGGGGGGGGGGGCAGAAACGGAAAGGCUGGGACGUUGGAGACUUGAUGCCGGUAAAUGCGUAAAGGGGAAAGUAGCAAACUUAUUAACUGAUGAUGUGAUUGUUCUCUCACAGUGUGGCAAGUCCACAUCUGGGCUUUCUCGUGGAUGUAAUUGGCUCCUAAGGCAAAGAUGGGAAACGCAGCACUAUGGAUAUUAUUAUUAUUUAUUUACAGUAUUUAUAUUCCGCCCUUCUCGCCCCGCAGGGCACUCAGGGUGGAUCACAAUGCACAUAUACAUGGCAAACAUUCAGUGCCAGUUAGACAUACAACACACGAGGGUUGAAUGAAAAGUAAUGCCUCCACCUUCGUAACUCCUCAACCGAUGGCAGUACUGGUAUGCAGCAGGUACUGGCUUGUUCAGUAGACUCUCCUCUACAGUUCCAGUUUGACAAGAAGCCUUAGCAUUGAACGGUUGUGUUGUUAAAGUGCAAAGUAUAAGGGUUAAAUAAAAAUAAUGCCUCCUCCAUCGUAACUCCUCAACCGAUAGCAGUACUGGUAUGCAGCAGGUACUGGCUUGUUGAGUAGACUCUCCUCUAGAGUUCCAUUUUGACAAGAAGCCUUAGCAUUGAAUGGUUGUGUUGUUAAAGUGCGAAGUAUGAGGGUUAAAUAAAAGUAAUGCCUCCACCUUCGUAACUCCUCAACCGAUGGCAGUACUGGUAUGUGGCAGGUACUGGCUUGUUCAGUAGACUCUCCUCU